UUUCAAUUAGUUCAUUUAUUUCACGAACAAACAUAAUACGAUAUAACAAAGAAAGGUUUGUGUAUCAAUUUGAAGUGAUAAGAGUAUACAGUGAAAUACUCAAUCUUGAUAAGUAGGCUAAACAAGUUUUCUAUUGAGAAAUGCAAAAACGUUCAUUGUUGAGAACAUGUUCAAAAUUCACAAUGAUCAGGAGUGUGUUACAUGUUGUUAAAUUGUGUUCUUAUUUUUUGUUACCUUACCAUCCUGUGAACUUUCUGUUGAAUUUUUUGUACAGAAUGGGUGAUCAAUCUUUUGAACAACUCAUAGGAACUGCUGCAAGUGUUUCUUCGAUAGGCCUCCUAAUAGCACCUGGAUUGAUAUGCAAAAAUAUCUUGAAAAACAAGUCGGCCAAAUACGUUCCUCCCUUUGUAUUCACACAACACAUAGCAAGGUGUCUACUCCAGGUCCAGCAAGGAUUACUUCUUGGAGCAACUCCUUUAAUAUUGACUUACGGUGUGGGCGUCUUCCUUGGCUUGAUUUAUAUAGCAAUUUAUGCCAAGUAUACUGAGAACAAGGACGAGCUGAAAAGCAGUGUAGGAUGGUGGACUUUAAUCCUGGGCGCAUUAUUCACCUACACUUACAUAGAAGAUAAAAGUGUAGUGGAGCUGAGAUAUGGCACUUUCAUGCUCAUCAUAUCAGCCAUGAUGCUUGGAAGUCAGUUGAUGAAAGCGGGUGACGCCAUCAGACAGAAAAGUACAAAGGAAAUACCAUUUCCAAUUGUUUUCUUUGGUUCCAUUACAACUGCGUUAUGGUUUGUCUACGGCCGGAUCAUUGGAAAACCUAUAAUACAGAUUCAGACAGGCAUGGCAUUUGUUGUAUUCAGUGGUCAACUAAUGUUCUUCAUAUAUCCUGCUGUCGAUGUCAAGAAGAAAGAAUAA